AAUUCUAUUUGCUGUUAAUCCAAAAACGAUCGAAACGGAAAAAAUUUGCUGUGAGAUAAAUAAUAACGGCGGUCGGGAAAAGAGAGAUAGCUUUGUUGUGAGAAACUGCCUUCUACCCCUUUGUUCGACGAAAUGUCAGGGUCGUUAUUUUAAUGUAAAAAUAUUCAGUUUGGGAAAGAAAAAAUGUCUGCAGACUCUCCAAGGCGUGGUGUGCAUAAAGGAGUACAAGUUGUAUCACCUCAGCCAAUAGUUGAUCGUUCAAUUAUAGAUAGUGUUGCAGGAAUAAUUAAUGAUAUUGUUCCACAGGCUUAUACUGGCACACCAAAUUCUGAGAACAAAGAGUCUAUAUCAUGGGCAAGGUUUGAGUAUGCAGACAUUAAUGAUCCUACCCUGUAUCCAGACUACAAUGAAGGCUCUAAUACACCACCUUUAUUAUUGGUACUUGGCUAUACAACUGGAGUUCAGGUAUGGUUGAUAGCAGCAACCGGAGAAGGAACUGAAGUGUUAUCAUGGCGACAAGGUGUUGUUCGUACUCUGAGAAUUUUACCAAAUCCAAAGACUGAUGAUGAACAUGUUGAUUUGUUUGAAUUGAAACGGCCAAUGGUAGCAAUAUGUGAUUCAGCUGGACCUGGACCACAAUUUUGCAACAUUAGUUUCAUUUCAUUAAAAACUGGGGAACAAGCUAAAAGCAUAAAAUUUAAAAAUCCUGUUUGUGACAUAUUGGUAAAUAAACGAUCCGUAGUAGUAACAUUUUUAGAAAAGAUCGCGGUGUUCGAUGCUCGAACAUUGGAAGAUGUAUUAACAGUUACUACUUGCUAUGCCAGUCCUGGUCCAAAUCCAAAUCCUGUUACUUUAGGCACAAGAUGGCUUGCUUACAGUGAAAAAAAGUUACUACCAGCAAAAAGAAGUAGCGGUGGUUGCGAAAGUGAAGGAGUUCAAAGUUAUACAGCAACUGUUCUAUACGCGGCAAAAUCUUUAGGGAAAGGAUUGCGUGGUUUGGGGGAAACAGUUGCAUCCAGUUUAACUGGCAAUUCAGUGUCACCAGUAGUCAUUAAUAAUACCAGCAGUGACGUAACUCAACCAGGAGUGAUUACGAUAUUAGAUCUCCAAGCAGCAAAAGAGGAGAAAGAAUUAGACGAUGCGAAUAUAGAGACUGUCGUUGCCCAUUUUACUGCCCAUAGUGAUGCAAUCGUUGCUAUGACUUUUGAUUUAAGUGGUGCAUUGCUAAUGACCGCUGACAAAAGGGGGCAUGAUUUUCAUGUAUUUAGAAUUCAGCCACAUCCAGGUGGUCCCACUUUGGCAGCAGUACAUCAUUUGUAUAUUCUACAUCGUGGAGAUACUACUGCGAAAGUGCAGGAUAUGACUUUUUCGAGUGAUACUCGAUGGGCUGCGAUAUCAACUGUGCGGGGCACUACUCAUGUGUUUCCUGUUGCACCUUAUGGUGGACCAGUAGGAAUACGAACUCAUUCCACACCUCAUGUUGUAAAUAGACUUUCAAGAUUUCAUAGAAGUGCAGGUUUAAUGGACGACGGCACCAGAUCUCAUUCUCCUGUAUCUCAUACAGAGUUGCCUUUAUCAGUGUAUCCAUAUUCUAAUCCAAGACUCCCUCCGUAUCCUCAUCCAACUGUACUACAUCCUCUGGCACAGAUACGACAACCAUCUUCAUUAAGUCAUAUAAACAGUCAAAUUCAACAAAGCAGGCCACAGCAACGACAACGAUUGCAUUCGGACGAUAGUGGAACAUUACCAUUAAAAAUAUGUGCUUGUUUUGCACCUCCAAGAGCUUGGAUGUAUGCGCAAAGGGAAUCUACUGCAAAAGUUAUGAAGAGAGCAGUUGAUUCUUUGUUUAUUAUGGCGUGUCACGGAAAUAUGAUACAAUAUGAUUUAGAACCCAAACCAGCUGCAGGUAUACCAAAAGAAAAAGUAUGUGACGAUACGAUGAUAGAAUUAGAGGUCGAAGCCAAAGGUCAAUGGCCUCUUCUAAGAUCUCCGAAUUCUUUAGAGAUUGUACCACCUUUGCCAACGUCUAGCCCUUUACUAAAUGUCAAUAUUAUACCGAAAGACAGUCAAGAUGGCGAUUUAGCGGAGGAUCGUUGGUUAAGUCAAGUAGAAAUUGUAACACAUGCUGGUCCACACAGGCGACUUUGGAUGGGACCUCAGUUUGUUUUUAAAACCUAUAAUGCAACUAGUGGAGCUACUGUGAAUCUUGUCGAAGCAGAGGCUGUUGAAAUUGGAGUAACCGGUGGAUCUCGUCCUGCGAGAUCAAAUCCAGUCAAUAUGCCGCAUGCUGCAUCCAGAUCAUUAGUACCUGUGGUCAUUGAUGGAUCAGGAAGCAGUUAUGAGCAGUCUCCAAGAUUUAUGGAAGCGUAUGGUGAUCCCUUAGAUAGUGAAAAUGCUGGUGUUGGCGGUGGUGAAAAUCAAUUGAGAGAAGAUUUGGCCGAAGCUAUGCUAGAAACAUCGAUCGCACCACACCGUGCUCCAGGGAGGCGAUCGGUAUUUGAGAGGGUGGGUCAACCGGUAACUAAAGUCGUCAACCCUCUGGGCACCGUGAUUACUGUAUCGGCCGAUGAGGAGGACAUUAACUCUAGUCAGGAGUUCGAUUUCGCAGAGGAGAGCCACGUGCCGGAACCACCUAGGAGCGUGUGCGCCGAAGAAGGUCCGGCUUCUCUCGGCGAUUUCGAGCCGGAGAGUCAAACUCUGCGCGAUCUCACCGAGAUCUGCGCGGAAAUGCGCUCAGCUGGCGAGCCUGCGAUCGACAGCGUGCCGGACGAGAACAUCUGUGAGGUGAAGGAGAGAAAAGCGUUGUGCGUCGAGAUUGCUUCUAUUACGAACCCUGGGAACUCUACUAUUGACUUCGAGAAAGAAGAAGCCUUCCGCGAUGUACCGACCAGCCUGAGUCUGUGCGUAGAACAGGGUGAAAUCCCCAGCAGUCCUAUGACCCAGGCAAAGGAAGCUGCUUGGUGCAGGAAAGUUGAUAAAAGGGAAGACAGAGGGGCUCACGAGAGGAACGUAUCCGAGGCACAAUACGUAGUCAACUAUGAUGAGGAUAAUGUAGUUUUGAUGGAAAAUAAGGUAGCUCAUGAAAAAAAGAAUACGUCGGUGCAUUGUAAAACUGAGAGUAAAAAAAUUUGCGAGUUUGAAAAGGUUGCGAAGAAGUCGGAGAAGAUCGGGUCCUCUGUAUGUCCUAGUAAACGAACCGAGACUAGGAAGUAUAUUCUAAAAGAACACGGAGAUAGCAUCAUUAUUGAAGACAUUACUUGCGACGAUCCUAGGAAUGAUUGCAUCCAGAAGGAAGGAUGCGGAAAAAGCGUGAUCGAAGAUACGGACAGUAAAAAUUCUGAAAGUAAAAGCAGAGAGUAUUUGAAAGAAACUGUAAUUGGGAAAUGUAAAAACAAAUCAAAGUCUUCCACGGCUCAGAAUUACAAAGAAAAAGUUGAAGUUCUUGCAGAAAGCAAAGGUUCGUUGAAGCAGGUAGAACCGACCAUGGAAAUGGAUGUUGUAAUCGAAGAAACCGAUAAGAAGGAAGAUUUCAAGCCGACUGUAAGUGCGGAUGUAUUGACUAAAGGAACCGAUAAAUAUAAGUCAUCGACAUCGGACUCGAACGACGAAUUCAGUUCCAGUGAAUAUCACAUCAUAGAUACACCUUGUUCCAACAAUGGUACUUCGAUUCAGUCCGACGAAGACAUUGAACAUAUCCAAAGCUCCGAGAUCACUCAAUUACAGCAGGCUGAAUGCAUCGACAGCGAUAAAUGCGUGGACGUGAUAAGUUGCGCAGGUUCUUCACCUAUUAUGCAGAGGAAGAACAGCAAGAAUACGAUAUCUGAUGACGAUAUAGAAUACAUACAUGCUUCUGAACUAGUAGAAACAUCUGACAAAAUUUGCAAAGAAUAUUCGAAAUUUGAAAUUAGUAAAGCCAGCGAUAGUGAAUCGUCCUCGACAAGGAUUAAAUCUUCAUCGUCUGACGACGAUAUGGUACACGUACACCAUUCGGACGUCUAUGAUAUACCAUCUGAAAGACCUGAGGAUGCGUGUGAAAGAAGCACGAGGAGAUCUCAGGAGAUUACAGCAGAAUCGGCGUUGGCAUCUAAGAAUGCUAAGAAGACAAAGGAUAUCGUGGUGAUCGAAAGCGACACGUCGGAUGCUGAUGUGACUGUAAUCUUUAAACCGGGUGAUAGUCGGAAGAAUAAGAGUACAGAAAGAAAAGAGGAAUUGGAAGAAUCUGAUAACACAAAAGAUAUCCCGGCUACUGAAAAUGUUAGUCCACUAAGAAAAACUAAGGUUCGUUCCGCUAAAACAUCUCCUUCAAAUGUCGCAUCUAAACGAUCGCAAGCAGGAAUCGAAAUAAUCGACAUCGACGCGAUGCAGAAAGCUGAGAUGAAAGUACUAAUCGAUACUACAUCCGUUUCUGAAUGUAAGAUCCUCGCUGGACCCGAGGUCUGCGGGACUCGUGCGAAGAAGUAUCGGAAGAUUAAAAAAGCCACCAACGAAAGCAACGUACAAAUUUCCGAAGCUUCCAUCGAGCCUGUAAAACCUGUCGAAGAUGUUUCAAAGGAAUUAAGCUCGCAAGAGCCGUUGUCUGAAUUUUCUUGGAGCGCUGUAGUAAAGAAGAAAAAUGGUUCUCCCGUGGCUGAGUCAGAAACGCGAAGAGAAGAUAAAGUCGAAGAUGAUAAGCUGAAAACCGGAUCGUUCAAUCCUAUCGAAGUCUCGUCGUGCACGCCUAUCUUGGAGAAAAUAGAGUCUUUGAAGAAGAAGAUACACGAGUCUUCGUUGAGGAAGAAUUUAGACAAAAAGAGUUCGAGUUCUCAGAUGGUAGACAAAGUUCGAGAGGGUAACUUGGAAUUAUAUCCCGAAGAGGAAAUUUCCUGGAGCUCUAUCGUCAAAAAGAAAAACACUUCCUCUGCUGAGAAUGAGAAAAAGAAGGAAUCUGACCUCGAUCUAAUAGCGGAAGACGCGAGCAAUGAAGAAAGGAAAAUUUGUCGAAAAGAGGAAUCUUUGACUGAUUCAUCCUCGACGAUGGUGAAUCAAUUGAAAGAAGCUGUUAAGGAAACAACCGUGGAAGAAUCAUUUGUACAUGCAACAGAAGGAUCUGGGAGUUUCAUCGUUAAAAAAAGAUCUGUUUCCACCACAGAAAGCGAGUCUACGAGAAAGAAAAUUGGUGAACAGAAAAUUCACAAAAAGUUGGAUCUACCGACCAAUUUGUCGGAAAUUAAAAAUGAGCACGAGACAAACUCACCUGCAAGUGAAAGCAUCUCAUCCGAGAAAGUUUCCAAAUUAGAAGCUGUAAGCGAGAUCGAUGAAAAAGUUCCAAGCGAUUCAAACAAGUGGAAUGUCGAUGGACCGUUGGUAGGUGCAACAUUUGCGAAAGAAGAUUCCUCGGAACCUGAAAGAGAUACCGAGCCAGAGAAGAGGAGCGAUUCAGAGCAGGAGAUCGUGCCUGAACGUUCGACUUCUUCGGACGAGUUGAAUCCAAAUGUGGUGCUCACGAACGUCGAAGGAGAGUAUUCGGGUCGUGAGACAGCUGAAAGGAGCGCGACGAAUACCUUAGUUUGCGCCACGUCCAAGAAAGGCAAUAGGUCGAAGAAAAAAAAACGCAGAUGAGUAGAGGAUUGCAUGGAUGUACCUAGGGCCAGCCUUGCCCUUUACAUACUCCUGAUGCAAGUAACUGGAGUUGAUUAGCAGGAGUAUAAACCGGGAACAAUUCGCGUUUCCGAUUUUCAUUCUAAUCAAGUUAGCAUGCUCGUUUUAUCGAAGAACAAUUAUCUUAGGAAGCACGUGUUAUAUAAUCACUUUUCACGAGUGGAGCAAGCUGUAGCUCCGUUUUCAUGGAACGACAAGUGUCUGGCAUCUUGUCAGAUUUGAUAUUUUUGAAAAUAUUUUCUAAAAAAAAAAGAGGAAUUAUCGAACAAAUAGAAAUAGCAGUAGUACAUAUAUGUUGAUUUAGUAACCGUGUUAGGAAAGAAUCAACAUGAAAGAACGUUCUAGAGGCACUCGAUGAAAUUUCCUAUGAUAAGAACAAGGGCAAGGCUGUAAUCAUUGGAUUUACGUCCGCUAAUAUUCGAGUUGAAUUUGUGGAACAAAUAAACAAUUGGAAAUAACACACACACACGAACACGAACACACACGAACACAAACACACACGAACACGAACACACACGAACACGAACACACACACGAACACAUUUAACACUCAGCCAACCGCGCGCGCCGCAGCGAGCUGUACGUUUCCAUCGCGUUCGGAUAAGCCAACCUAUACGCUGUCCACCGCGCAUUUUUCCAAGUAUCGAGGACUAAUAUUCACUACUUAAAAAACA